AUGUCAGCCCGGCAUCCGGUGCUUCUGCUGAUGGCCCUGCUCGUCGUCCACCACCUCGGCUUCUCCCGUGCCACCCUAUGCCAUAUGUGUCUCACCCGGCCCAACACCGAGCACAGCUCUCCACAGCACCAAAACGGGAUGUGGCUGAACGACUCGUUGUGGGUGAAGUACCAUCCGAAUUGCGCCCUCCCCGGACGGGGUGUACCAACCUGUACUCGGCCGGGCUACUGCGUGGCCUUCGUCAUCACCCAAGACGGCCAGACGACGCUGGUGAGGUUGUGCAAGAACAUGGAUUGGGAUGGAGGCUACGGAGAGUACGACACCACAAAGUACUGGGUGGCGAAAUGCGAAGGCGACCUGUGCAACCACUGGAAUGAAGAGGCCGUCAAGGCAAGGGCGUCCACUUCUUCGACUCCGUACCUCAGUGCCAUCAAAAUCGUCGGCCUCUUCUUGAUCGCCCUUUAU